AAUUGUAGGAAGAUGAGUAGCUCCGAGGAGCAGUCAUGGAUUGCGUGGUAUUGCGGUCUGCGAGGGAACGAGUUCUUUUGCGAGGUGGACGAGGACUACAUCAAAGACAAGUUCAACCUGACGGGGCUCAGUGAGCAGGUGCCGCACUACAGGCAAGCGCUGGAUAUGAUACUGGACCUCGAGCCUGAUGAUGACCUGGACGACAAUUCGAACCUGGCGUCUCUCGUCGAGGAAGCCUCGGAGGUGCUCUACGGACUCAUACACCAGCGAUACAUAUUAACCAACAGGGGCAUAGGACAAAUGUUAGAAAAAUUUGAAGACGGCGACUUCGGCCUCUGCCCGCGAGUCUACUGCGAGACCCAUCCAAUGUUGCCACUUGGUUUAUCAGACGUCCGCGGCGAGGCGAUGGUGAAGGUGUACUGCCCGAAGUGCAUGGACGUGUACACGCCGAAGUCGUCGCGCCACCACCACACCGACGGCGCCUACUUCGGCACCGGCUUCCCGCACAUGGUGUUCAUGGUGCACCCCGAGUACCGGCCCAAGCGGGCCACCGUGCAGUUCGUGCCGCGUUUAUACGGCUUCAAGAUCCAUCCGCUGGCAUACCAGAUACAAGUGCAGGCGUCGAUCAUGUUCCAUAAGUCGCUGGGUAAAGGUUUAAAUGCACGCGCGUACAAAAGAUUACUGGCACACUCACCACUCGCUUCUAGUUAA